AAGCCCUUUUUUCUCCACUAAUCUCUCUCAUCCUCUGCUUUUUCCCUCAAUAAUCUCUCUCCCAUUCCCGUUCUCUCCCUAAAUUCAAUUCAAACCCUCACCAGAUCUCUCUGAUUUAUCUAUCGCUCAUCGGAAAAAUGGCGUUGUCGGCGCGUGACCAGAAUGUCUACAUGGCCAAGCUCGCAGAACAGGCGGAACGGUACGACGAAAUGGUUGAAUUCAUGGAGAAAGUCACCGAUGAACUCACCGUCGAAGAACGGAAUCUCCUUUCCGUUGCCUAUAAGAAUGUGAUCGGCGCUCGGCGUGCUUCCUGGCGUAUCAUCUCGUCGAUCGAGCAGAAAGAGGAGUCGCGUGGUAAUGAGGAUCACGUGACUGUGAUCAAGGACUACAGAUCGAAGAUCGAAGCGGAGCUCUCGAAAAUAUGCGACGGUAUUUUGAAGCUGCUUGACUCGAGACUCAUUCCUUCGGCAUCUUCAGGCGAUUCAAAGGUGUUUUAUCUUAAAAUGAAGGGAGAUUAUCAUCGUUACCUUGCUGAGUUUAAAACCGGCGGUGAACGUAAAGAAGCCGCCGAGAGCACUCUCACUGCCUACAAGUCCGCUCAGGAUAUUGCGAACACUGAACUUGCCCCAACACACCCGAUUCGCCUUGGACUGGCUCUCAAUUUCUCUGUGUUUUAUUAUGAGAUUUUGAACUCUCCAGAUCGAGCUUGUAACCUUGCGAAACAGGCCUUUGAUGAAGCAAUCGCUGAGUUGGACACAUUGGGUGAAGAAUCCUACAAAGAUAGCACUUUGAUCAUGCAACUCCUCCGUGAUAACCUCACUCUUUGGACCUCUGAUAUGCAGGAGGAUGGAGCUGAUGAGAUUAAGGAAGCAGCUCCAAAGCAAAGUGAAGAACAACAACAGCAGUGAGUGUUUGCAGACUGAUUGUCUUUGUUUCUAUUUUUAUUAGGAGAAUCCGGUUGCAUUUGGCUUCUAAUUUCUCCCUUUUUAAUUCUUAUGAGAUUCUUUUUUGUCAUGUUUUAAAUUUAGUUUCAUUUGCUAAAUGUUCUAAGUAUUCUGAAUGAAUUUUAAUCUUUUACUUUUUGUGUA